GGCUGGGGAGCGACCUGUGUAUGGGGGACGCCAGGCAAGGGCGGGGUUCACUCGUCAGCCAGCACUCCGAGGCCGGGGGUGCGUCAGAGAAGGAACUGGACGGCGACCCCCGCGGCCUCCAGAACUCUGUGUACGGGAGCCGGCGGGUCACAGACCCCAGACUCCAGGACCUGGGCCAUGCAGAGCUGGGCCCUGAAGACCCAGAAGAGGAGCUUCCCCCUGAGGAGGGGGCCGGGGAGGAGCUCCUGGAGACCCUGGACCCCAAAGACGCCCUUUCUGAAUUGGAGAGAGUUCUGGACCAGGACGCAGAGGAGGACAUUCCUGAGAUGAGCCGGCUGUCCAUCAGCCAGAAGAUCCCUGGCACCGCCGUGGCCAGAGCGAGGAAGAAGAGGCGGCGGCGGCUGAGUGAGCUGGCAGAGCCCAAGAGAAACUGGCAGGUCCUGAAAGACAGGAAGGGCUGCCGUUGUAGGGGCUAUGCCUGGAUUUCCCCAUGCCAGACGAGCCUGCAGUUCUGUCUCUACUGGCCGUCUGUGUACUGGAUGGAGCGGUUCCUGGAGGACACCACCCUCACCAUCACAGUGCCCGAGGUGUCCCGGAGAGUGGAGGAGCUGUCUCGGCCCCGGAGAUUCUACCUGGAAUAUUACAACAGCAACAGGACGACUCCCGUCUGGCCCAUUCCGCGGUCCUCCCUGGAAUACCGAGCGUCACGUCGCCUGAAGGAACUGGCCGUCCCGAAGAUUCGGGACAACAUCUGGAGCAUGGACAUGUCUGAGGUGUCCCGGGUAUCCAGGGCGGCCCAAAUGGCAGUCCCCAGCUCCCGGAUCCUCCAGCUGUCAAAGCCGAAGGCCCCGGCCACCCUGCUGGAAGAGUGGGACCCCAUGCCGAAACCCAAGCCACAUGUGUCAGACUAUAACCGCCUCCUUCACUUGGCCAUGCCCAAAGCUCAGUCGGACAAGUGUGUUCCUGACCGAGAUCCUCGCUGGGUGGUGCUGGAUGUCACCAAGAAGGUGGUGGCCAGUCCCCGGAUCAUCUCCCUGGCCAGGCCCAAAGUGCGCAAGGGCCUCAAUGAGGGCUACGACCGGCGUCCCCUCGCCUCUAUGAGCUCGCCACCCCCAAAAGCAUCACCAGAAAAGUGUGAGCCCCCCAGGCCCAGCUUCUAA